AUGAACGUGGCUCCGAACGAACCAAGACCUACUUUCGAAUAUUAUUCCGGCAAGUCAUCUUCACAUGUAGAGGAUCAUCAUCAACAAGAACAUAUUGGCUCAGAUCAUAAAGAAGAAUUCGCCAUCAAUUCAGAAUUAAUUGAAAUGGCUGAAAUUCAAGAUUCUUUGAAAUUGGGCGAAACUACAGCUGAAGAAAUCGAGCAAAGAAACGAAGCAUCAUUCCUAAAUUGGGAUUGCUUCAAGUCCAACGUACUCGCUCAUGUCUUGAUUUGGUGUAACUUGGCCAUGUUUUCAGUCUUCUUGAUUGUAACACCUUACUCGAUGAAACUUUGGCACCCUCUAAUAUUUGCCUUUGUACGAUGUUGUAUUAUUGUGUUGUCCUUAUUUCCAAUGAUGCUCCUCGUGGAUAGACACUAUACUUUCACGAGUGAAAAGUACAUCGUGAAACGAGCACGAAGAUUCAGAAUCAAGCACACAAAUAUUUAUGCAAGCCGCUAUUUGGGGUGGAUUUAUAGCGUCUUUUAUGAUGAAAAGUCCUUAUUCAUGUCUUAUAUCAUUAGAAGAAUACCUGAUGCAAAGAAGGCAAAGCAGCUUGCUUUUUGUGGAACUUUGGUGGUUCUGAAUCAAGUCUUAUUUGUUGCUGGACUCUAUUUAACCAAUUCCACCAUCACAGGUGUUAUUCAACCGGUGGUACCAGUCAUUGUUUGUUCCUUAUCCAUGAUGAUGGGAAAAGAAACCAAGUCCUUUCUCAAAUUUAUUGGAGUUCUUAUUGCUGUAGGUGGAGCAAUGUCAAUGCUGCUAGUUUCUGCAUUAAGCAAGAGUGCAUCCCCUACUCAACAACUUGAGCCCGAUACCAAUUCCAAUUCAUCACCACUUGAAAGACUUCCUUACUACUACAUCCUUUUACAUGAUGCAACCAAAGGAAUUAAUUUCUCGUUUUUAUUAGGCCUACUUUGUUUGUUGGGCAAUACCUUUAGUUAUGCUAUUUAUUUAAUAUUUCAGAGGAGUUUGCUUAUUGCUGGGACACCACCUACGACUGUCACAUUUUGGUCGUUCUUCUUUGGGUUAGUCACAUCAUUCCUUUGUGCCUCGUAUGCUUUCCCCUCAUUUUCAUUAAGGAAAGUAGAUACAAUGUCUAUAUUGGGAGUUCUUUACGCAGCAAUUCCUUAUGGUAGCCUUCAAUUUGUCAUUACAUCUUAUGCUUCAAAACUAACUGCUCCCACCAUUGUAUCUAUAUAUUCGACUGUCUCUCCUUUGGUUGCAACCACAGUUGGAGUGUUCUAUUUUAAAGAAAUACCAUCUCCUCUCGUGUUAGUUGGAGCAGCUUUCAUUUUGGUUGGAGUGUUUGUUGUGAUUGGAGCUCGAUAUCGAGAAACUAAAUUGGAACGGGCCAAGUUGGCGUCAAUACAUACUGCAGAAGAGUCUGUACAAGAUGACAACGAUGGUACAUUGCCAUUCCAUUUACUAGAACAAAAACAAUCAACAACAUCGUUGUCUUCUACAACAAAGAUUUCAGAGGAAAUUAAUUGCUCUCCUUCCACACUUUCAGAAAGCGUUGACUGUGAGUCUUCCUCUGAAACCUCAUUGGAAGGAAAAGUGUGA